AUGAAGAUUGAACAACUCACCAUCCGGGAACUCCGGCUCGAUCUGAAGUACCCGUUCGAGACCAGCUUCGCGCGCGUCACCGCGCAGCAGUUCCUCCUGCUGGAAGCUCGGGUGGAUGGCGUCAGCGGCCAUUCCGAGUGCGUCGCCGACAGCGAGCCGGGUUAUUCCUACGAGACCGUCCGGACCGCCGAUCACGUGAUCCGUGAUUUCCUCUGGCCGCUGGCCGCCGCGAGCGACUACGCGCAUCCGGACGAGGUCGCCCCCUCCUUCGCCCGCGUGCGAGGUCACAACAUGGCCAAAGCCGCGAUCGAGAUGGCCGUCUGGGACGCCUUUGCGCGCCUCAAGGGCAAACCGCUCGCGGGCGUCCUGGGAGGAACCCGCUCACGGACGGUCUCCGGGGUCUCGAUCGGCAUCCAGGACACCGUGGAGCAGCUCAUCGAGAAGAUCGGUCUCGAACUCUCCCGCGGCUAUCGGCGGAUCAAGAUCAAGAUCAAGCCGGGUUGGGACCUCGAAGUCGUGAAGCGAGUGCGGGAGCGCUAUCCCGACAUUCCGCUCAUGGUGGACGCGAACAGCGCCUACACCCUCGAGGACGAGCCGCUCUUCCGGGAUCUCGAUCGCUUCGGGCUGAUGAUGAUCGAGCAGCCGCUCGCACACGAUGACAUCCGGGACCACGCCAUCCUCCAGCGCAAGAUCUCGACGCCGAUCUGUCUCGACGAAUCGGUGCAUUCCGUCGCGGACGCGCGCCUGGCGAUCGAGAUGGGGGCGUGCCGCAUCAUCAACAUCAAGGCGGGGCGGGUCGGAGGACUGAGCUCGGCGCGGGACAUCGCCGCCCUGGCCGAAAGUCACGGGAUGCCGGUGUGGUGCGGCGGGAUGUUGGAGAGCGGCGUCGGCAGGGCCCACAACAUCCAUCUCUCCUCGCUGUCCGGCUUCUCGAUGCCGGGGGAUGUGGCGGCCUCCGAGCGCUACUUCACCGAGGAAAUCAUCGAGCCCCCAGUAACCGUGGAUCCCGACGGUUCGCUCCCGAUACCCGAGGGCGAGGGCAUCGGGUUCGCGCUUCGGGAAGACGUCAUCCGCCGCCACACCCUUUGCGAGACCACGCUUUCCCACUGA